AUGGAUAGAUGGGAUUUCGAUCGCGACACAAAGUAUCGAAGCAGCAAGAGAAAAGAUAGAGGUGGAGAGAGUGAUGAGGAGGAUCGGUAUGGCGAUAAACGAACUAGGGUUGUGCACGAGUGGAAUGAGUGGCGGCGGUUUGAUCAGGAGAAAGUGGGUUUUGCUGAGGAAGACACAGAUAGGGAUGAGAGGAGGGAAUUCGAGGAUGGAGAUAAAUUGCAACAAGGGAAAUUGAACGGGGAAACAAUGACGACGAUGAAGAAUGAACUUAAAGAUGAACCCUGUGGUGGUGCACUGGGAGCACCCAGUAAGGCAUAUGAAACCCUACAUGAGACCCCUUUGGCGCCCAGCCACCCUCAUCCUCCUUCUAAGGUAUCAUCACUUUCUACCAAACAUGAAACUGAAGGAGUUGAUUCUGCAGAUGCUGCCAAGAUUGGAGGCAUCUCUCUCAAUGCUUUAUCUAUGGCCAAAGCAACUUUACUGAAGCACAAGGGGCUUGCAGAAAAGAUGAAGAAGAUCCCGUUGUUAAACAAGGGUACUGACUCAGCAAGAGAUGGCCUCAAACCUCCAUCUAGUUCAGGAAUACCCGCUGCCCCACCACAAUCUGCUGCCCGACUUGGUGGUGGGCUGCCCCGAAAUUCUGAAGCUGUAAAACGGGCUCAAGAGCUUGCUGCCAAGAUGGGUUUUAGAAAAGACCCGGAAUUUGCACCACUUAUAAACAAGUUCCCCGGAGAGCUGGCACCAGAAGUGACUGUACAACCAAAGCAUGCUAAAGCCCCUGUUCUUAGUUUGGAUGCAUUGGGUAGGGAAGUCGAUGAAAAUGGCAAUGUGGUAAAUAUACCUAAGUUAAACAUCUUGAGCACCCUUAAGGUUAACAUUAACAAACAGAAGAAAGAUGCAUUCCAGAUUCUGAAACCGGAAUUAGAAGUGGAUCUAGAUGAAAACCCUCACUUUGAUCCUCGAAUGGGAAUCAAUAAAACUAAACUUUUAAGGCCUAAAACGAUGACCUUUCAGUUUGUUGAUUCUGGUACUUACGGAAACGUCACAGAAGGCGGGCCACCUGAAGAUAUACUAAAGAAAGAGAAGAUAACUCUAUACAUGGAACAACCCCACCCAAUCGAACCGCCAGCCGAACCGGCCCCACCCCCGCCUCAGCCUCUAAAACUCACCCAAAAAGAACGCAAAAGACUCCGAACUCAAAGACGCCUCGCCACUGAAAAAGCCCGGCAAGAAAUGAUCCGCCUAGGCCUUCUAGAACCCCCAAAACCCAAAGUCAAAAUGAGCAAUCUAAUGAAAGUCCUCGGAUCAGAAGCCACCCAAAACCCGACCCGCCUUGAAAUGGAAAUCAGAAGCGCAGCCGCCCAAUGUGAACAGGCUCAUGUUGACCGGAAUAUCGCCCGGAAGUUGACUCCGACCGAAAGACGCAAAAAGAAAAAACCAAAGUUUUUCGAUGACAAUAAUAAUACCCUCGAAACAAUUGUGUCCAUAUACAAAAUGAAUGACCUUUCGCACCUUCAGACUAGGUUUAAGGUUGAUGUAAAUGCACAGAAGAAUCGGUUGUCGGGGUGUGCGGUUAUUUCGGAGGGUAUUUCUGUCGUGGUGGUGGAGGGCGGGGGUAAAUCGGUAAAACGGUAUCAGAAGUUGAUGUUGAAGAGGAUAAAUUGGGCUGCGGCUGUGAAAGAAGAGAAUAUGCAUGAAGAGGUUGAUGAUGAUGAUGAGAACGUGAAGAAUAAGUGUGUGUUGGUGUGGCAAGGGAGUGUGACUAAACCAAGUUUUCAAAGGUUUUUGGUGCAUGAAUGCAGUACCGAAAAUGCUGCUCGCAAAGUGUUUUAUGAUGCUGGGGUUGGUCAUUAUUGGGAUUUAGUUGUUAAUUUCUCAAGGAUGUGUAAUUAG